AUGUCACUCAUUUUCCCUACCUUGUUUCUCUUCUCAUGCUCUGUAUCUCUUGUGUUAUCGUUUUCCCCUACUCAUACUGAUCUCCAAAACCAGUGCCUUGAUGAUCAGAAAUCUGCUCUAUUGCAAUUGCACCGUGAUCUGUACUAUGCCCCAAAUUUUACUUUCUCUUCCAAAGUUGAGUUUUGGGAUCCCAACACUGAUUGUUGCUCUUUGAAAGGAAUUACAUGUGAUGCUGUGGGUCAUGUGAUUGAGCUUGAUCUCAGUUACAAAAACCUUUCGGGCAGCUUUCACUCCAUUUUCAAUCUCCAUCAUCUUCAACGCCUUAAUCUUGCUGGAAAUAAUUUUAAUACUACUCUGUUUCAAUAUGAGUUUGAUAGAUUCUCAAAUUUAACUCAUCUCAACCUUUCAAACUCAUGUUUCCUUGGCCAAAUUCCAGUGGGGAUUUCAUACUUAACAAGUUUAGUGAAUUGCAAUUUGAGUGGGCAUUUUCCAAUAGAAGUUUUCUUAUUGCAAAUACAAAGCAUCGACAUUUCAGAAAAUGACAAUCUUGAAGGUCAGUUGCCAGAAUUUUCAUUAAACAAUACUUUACGUGUCUUAAAGAUUUCUUUUACAAAUUUCAGUGGAAAACUGCCAGAAUCAAUUGGUAAUCUCAAGUUCUUGACAACUUUAGAUCUCCAUGGUUGUAAGUUCUUUGGACAAAUUCCAUCAUCAAUUGCAAAUCUUACUAACCUUGUGGAACUGGGUCUAUCCUAUAACAAUUUCAGUGGUUUUAUCCCCGCGUUUCAUAGAUCUGGAGUUCCAAAUCUUGCAUAUCUUUUUUUGUGGAGCAACCACCUCUCUGGAUCAAUACAUUCUUCUUUAUUUGCUCUCCCAUCAUUGCAGGCCUUGGAUCUCAGUGAAAAUGAAUUGUUUGGUGAAAUUGAUGAGUGCCUCAAUGCAUCUUCUUCAUUGAUUGAAACAUUGUAUUUAGGCUACAAUAGCUUUAGUUCCAUUAAGCUUGACAUGUUCUCCCAAAUUAAGAACUUAAGGGUUCUUGACCUUUCUAAUAUGAGCUUAUCAAUUGAAAGCAACAUCACAAGCCUGCUUUUCCCCAAUUAG